AUGAUUGUCGUGGCACUCUGUCGCCGAACCUCAGCGAGGCAAUGCGGCCUCUUCAGCAGCUCAGUUUACAGGGCAGCGACUGAAGUGCGCUCAUCAAAGAGGCUGUCUAGUAGGAACGUCAGCGGCACAAGGAAGCUAAGCUCGAUGCUUGAAAACACCCGAAACAUUGGUAUCAUUGCCCACGUUGACGCUGGCAAAACAACAACCACUGAGCGCAUGCUCUACUAUAGUGGUGUGACACAGAGAGUAGGAGAUGUGGAUUCGGGCAACACUGUGACUGACUUCCUUGAACUUGAGCGGGAACGCGGAAUCACUAUCCAGUCAGCCGCCAUAACAUUCAACUGGCCACUCGAGCGAGAUUGCUCACCUGGGACAACACCAAAGACUAUCAAUUUGAUUGAUACUCCCGGGCAUCAGGACUUUAGGUUUGAAGUUGACCGAUGCCUACCAAUCCUUGACGGGGCUGUGUGCAUUAUCGACUCUGUCAAGGGCGUAGAAGCUCACACAGAGCGAGUAUGGGCCUCUGCUCAAGAAUUCAAGAUUCCGCGGAUUGUUUAUUGCAACAAGCUGGACCGUGAGGGUGCGUCUUUCAGAAAAUCUGUCUUGGAAAUUGGUUCUCGACUCAAAGGAUGGCCAUUGGUUUGCCAAAUUCCUUGGUGGGAGAAAGAGGACUUUGUUGGUGUCAUAGAUGUCGUCGAUGGCGUGGGAUAUCGAUGGAAGAGCGAAAGGCAGAAGAUUCGAUUUGAGCCAGCCGAGCUCACGGAGAUGCUUUCAUCGUCAAACCAACCUUUAUUGGCGGAGAUUCAAAUAGCACGGCAGCGUCUGAUCGAGGGCCUCGCGGAUUUUGACGAAGCCAUAAUGGACGAAUUUUUGGCUGAAAACGAUAACAUUCCCGCCUCUCUACUAAAGCAGGCUAUACGAAAGAGUAUUCAAAAUGGUGAUGGUCGGGCCAUACCUGUGUUUGCCGGUUCAAGCUUUCGUCACAUUGGAGUUGAGCCUCUCAUGGACGCUGUUGCAGACUAUCUUCCCAACCCAGCGGAACGGCCAGACGCAGAGGUUCGUAUUGGUAGUACCAAGAGCGAGUUGCGCGAAGCACUGAAGCAAAAAGGCAAACACACCAUUGACCCAAACAUUAGCUCAGUGGCCUCUGUCUUCAAAGUAUUUGACCACCCCAAAGAAGGGGUCAUCAGUUUUGUGAGAGUCUAUCACGGAACUUUGACCCGGAAUGCGCCAAGCUUCAACACUCAUAUGCUCACCCAAGAGCGGCCCAUGGGUAUCUUACAGAUAUCAGCGUCCAAGACUCACGAUAUCCAAGAACUCUCUGUUGGCCAAAUUGGAGCACUGAGGGGGCUUAAGAAAGCGCGCACUGGAGAUACCCUGAUCACCAUGGCAGGUGGCAAAGCUGUUCCUGAGCAUUUGCGGCAUAUCCAAAUCAGGCCACCUGAAAUUCCGCCUCCCGUUGCUUUCCUACAAGUUGACCCAUACGGGAAUGUGGCGGCGCAGCAGCUAGAGAUAGCAUUGGAGAGUGCAUCGCGAGAAGAUCCAAGUCUGCGUUGGAGCAAAAACCCAAAGACCGAUCAAUUUACCAUCCAAGGUAUGGGCAAACUUCAUCUGGAUGUAUCUCUCUACAAUAUGAGGCAAAAACACAAGAUAGACGCCGAAUUUGGUCCAAUCGAGGUUGACUACAAAGAAUGUGUCAACACCAUGACUAAUCCUCGAGAGGCUGUUUUUGAUCGCCCGGUAGCCGGCAAAUCAGGCAAAGUUACAUGCUCCGUUGUCCUCAAACCUAUAGAGGCAGAAGAACAGGAGACUCUGAUGGAAUCUGGCGUUGAAAAGGACGGCAACAUUGUUCAAAUCGAGAUACCUAUGGCGGGUAAUUCCAGCGCCUUGCUAGUCGACAUGGAUGAAGCACGCCAACAACUCUUCAAUGGGGCCAUAGCUGGUUUAGCAAGAGGGCCUCGACGUGCGUCGCCGAUACACGGGUGCCACGUCCAUGUUACGCUGAAUACAGCAAGCGAUGCGCUGGAGACACCAACUGGUGGCCACUUUAGCAGUGCGGCAAAGACAGCAGUUCAAGCAGCUCUCCGAGAUGCAUUCGACAAGAGCCAGAUCGGCAUUGUAGAACCCAUCAUGUUGACGCAUAUCACCUGCCCCGAAGCGGCCGCAGGAACAGUCCAACACGACAUCACGGCUGGUGCAGGUGGCCAUAUUCUAGAGGUCAACGACCGUUCUGCGGAGUCAGCUAGCGAAGAGCUCAUUGACAUUUCCAAGAUUUAUGCACCACCAGAUCCCUAUGACUCGAUCACCUCGUUACGAGGGAAAAAAUCCAUUGCUCGGAUGGUUGAAAUUGUAGCGAAAGUUCCAUACAAGGAGAUGCUGAAUUACGAUGAGCAUUUGCGAAGCAAAACGGCAGGUCGUCAUUCUAUGACCAUGUCGUUUGAUUCUUUCGCAAAAGUGGUUGGCCAUCGCGAAAAGGAUAUUUGA